GACUAGUCAGAAUGACGUUGUAGAUAGCUUGAAUAAAAAUUCUGACUUGUCACAAUGUAAUUACGACUAGUCAAAAUUACGGUGUUAAUUUGCCAUGUUAAUUCCGGAUAGUCAAGUCUAGCGAAUAAAUGUUUAAACAGCGUCCCAUAGGUACAGUCCCCUAGUUCCGACUUUCCUACGAGCUCCUGAAGUAAGCAACAUAGCCGCCUAUCGUUCAUUCUUGGUUUUUAUAUGGUGUGGUGUUUCUCGACCGUAAAUGUUACUCCCUUCGAUAUAUGCAUUUCUGUAUAUAAGCGAUUAAAGGUCACAACACUCCCUGCUAGCUAGAUGUUGACCAGUCGCUCCUGCCCACCCAGGCCAGAAUGGAUGAACACACCCUGGAGGCAGCCAUUGCGGCCUAUGGCACCCAGCUACAGCAGGUGGAGUGUGCCCUGUCAGCGGGUCUGGACCCUUCACAACAGGUCGACCUGAUCAAACUGAAAGAUGACCUCAGUCAGCUGAUAGAGCUUACAGAAGCUAGCCUAGUGUCAGUCAAGAAGAGUCGGCUCUUAGCCACACUGGAAGAGGCCAAUGGGCUCCAGUCACUAGCCACAGAUGACCCAGCCAACUGCAGCUUGGAUAAUGAGUUUGCUGCCUUCUAUUCAGAAAUGGGAGAGGUUUCCAGAAGCAGCUCAGAUCCCAGAGACGAGGGAAACCAAAUGGAUGAUGUCGGAGAGCGGGAUGAUGAUGGUGAACAUGAGGAAGGAGAGGUAGAAACUUUAAGUGGUACAAAAGUGCGUGCACCCUACCGCACCUCCUGGGGGAGGUUGGAGUACCAUAAUGCAAUGAUCGUGGGGACAGAGAGAUGUGACACGGAUGAGCCUCAAGUGAGGGUGCUGUAUGUUCACCCCACACAGAAGUCCAUGAAACCAUGUCCAUUCUUCUUGGAGGACAAAUGUCGUUUCGAAGACAACUGCAGGUUCUCCCAUGGUGAAGUGGUAUAUGUGUCUGAGCUCAGAGACUUUUUGGAGUCCGACCUCAGUAACCUUCAAAAGGGCUCUUCCUGCUUGGCCAGGCAAGAAGAUGGCAUUUGGUACCCAGCCAAAAUAACAGACAUUGACAGUGAGUUUUACACGGUGAAGUUCGACUCUGCACUACUGAAGAGUGCUGUGGUGGAGGCCGAUGGAGUCAUCCCCCCACUAAGAGAAGACGACGUACCCUCCUCAUCAGGCUCAGAAGAUGAUGACAAUGGAGUGGAGGAGACGGCAUUUGCCAGAGUUUUGACCCAAGAGGAGGAUUGGGCAUCAUCGAGUAGUUCUUCCUUUGGUGGCUGGGAGGCACACACAAGAGGCAUAGGCUCCAAGCUCAUGCUUAAAAUGGGAUAUGAAUAUGGGAAAGGUCUGGGGAAGACUUCCGAGGGUCGGGUGGAGCCAGUGCUGGUGGUGGUCCUGCCCAAAGGUAAAUCCCCGGACCAGUGUGCUGAGCUCACUGGGAGGAAGACCCAGAGCAAAGCGGCCAAAGAUGGGCAGCAGGUGAUCUGCAAAAAGAGAACCCGAAAGGCCAGGAUGUGCAACCUUGGUGGGAAGAACAAUGUCUUUGAUUUCCUGAACCGCAAGCUGGGUGAUGGAGAUGCCAACCCUAAGGCAGGGGGCACUGCCAGCCUCCCUCUCCCACGUAAUCCAUUGUCCAGAGGGGCCGGAGUGGAGGCUUACAAGGGGGGGAAGAGUACCAAGAGGAGCCUAAAUGUGAAGCUGUUCCAGGCAUCGGAGAGGGUGGCCCAGACAGAGAGGGAGAUUCAGAGGCUCACAGAGUCCUUGAGUCGACACACUGGGAGAGAUUCAGCUGUGCUGGCCCGCCUGGAGGAGAAACUGUCUUCAGCCCGCAGCCUGCUGGCCCAGCAGAAGGCACAGGAGCUGACAGCCCAGAGGGAGAACCGGAAGGCUGACACUCACAAGAAAAUGACUGAGUUUUGACCAUACGGGCACUCCAUACUCAGAAUGCAGACAAUUAUUUUGUCACCUGUUACACCUAUGUAAUCCAAUGAACUCAAAUUGGACUCAAGACUGAAUUGAGGCCUUUGGUUGUUAGACUUUGUUAGGACUGGUCAAUCAGGGACGUGCAUCUGGUUUGUUUAUUAACAUGGGUCCUUUUCUUUUAUGAAAUUGAGAUUUUGGUUGCAGCUUUUUAAAUUCAAAGUGUGGGUCGGUUAGGAUGAGACCGGACCAAAAGAUCAAGAGCUUCCAAAAGCUUCUGCAUAUGUCAGGAUCACUUUCUAUGCAUGCGUUUGUUCGUGCAGUCCCUGCCUUGUCUUAAAAAACAAGACUAAUCUGGCAUAUUAUGCUUGUGUAAUAAAGUUAGAUUAAAGCUGAAUCAAUACCGAAAAAAAGUUCAAUGUUCAUAGUACUUUGAUGUCAUAGUGGAGCCGUUGUACGCAAGAGAAUGCAAGAGGAAACAAUGUAAUCAUAGCUAUCGCCUUGUAUCUACAACCCCAGAACAGCUGAGUAAAAAAGGUGUUUACCAAAACACAUUACCAAUGUAAAAAUAUAAACAAAUUGUGACAUGUAUUAAAUCAAUUAAUUUGAUACAUUAAUCAUACUAUUUCCUCCUAUGAGGAAAUAGUCCUGAUUCAAAAUCUAGUAUUGCUUCCUAAGCCAGUUGGUUCUUUCAAUAUUUACUGUUUAGUUCAAACUGACUGGUUGUUCAUUCAAUUAUUUUAAGUUGCUAUGGGCAGGCUGUGGUCCUGAACUUAAUCUGUUUUGUGUGGUAAAUAAAUUCACUGAAUAGGCUGUGUACCUACCUGCUGGACCAUUUUAGAUAAAAAUUUGAACUAUUGUAAACAUAACACAAAUGUAUUUAUUUCGAUCACCCACAACUGGACAAUGCUAUGCAAGCUCUUACUCCUUGCCUUUUAAACUUUAGCCAAAUACAUAGCUAUCACAAUCCCUUUAAAGUUCAGACAGUACCACAGACAUCCCAAUUCAAUAUCGAAACUAUGAUUCAAACUUCAGAGAGUUCUAAAGCAACGUUUCUAGAAAUGACUGUUAUUCAAAACCAGUUGCUAGUCUAAAUGUAAGGGGGGGAAAUCUAGUUGCUUUUUAGUUAGUUCAUGAAUUUUGUUCAUAAAUUAAAGUUAAUAAAUUCCUGACGGUAUAGUGACUUCUCAGAAAGAACAGUUAAAAGAUAUCCUCUUUUGCAUCAUUGCCUACCCAUAGUAAAGAGCAAUUUUACUGGGUUUUAGAACAUUUCAACUAAUCACAAUUUAUAUGUGGAACAACCUGUAGAACAUGCUAUUAUAUGUUAUCUAGAAUGUAGACAUUGAUUCACCUUUGAUCUAAUGUUAUUAUACAAGCACCAAUCGCCUGUAUCCUGUUCGCUGUGCAUAGAAAAUAUACUCAUGCACUGAAAAUGAUGCAUGUCUUUUAGUCCGGUUGAAGGUUGCAAAAAUGUAGGUCCGCAACAACUGCGUUUGAUUCAAAAAUACAAAAAUUGCCAAGUUUUCCCUGUAUGAAACCAAUGUCUGAAUAAAAAAAAAAUACAAACAAAAAAGCAUUAUUUACACUUUAGGUAUUUAGCACAUUUUGUAAUCCAUAGUGAAGUCCAGUUAGACCAUACAUCAAGACAACCACUAAAUUCAAUAGUAGUAAGUGUACCUUACUGAUGUAGCCAUUAUCAGUCUGUGCUUGAAGAGAAAAGCAAAUGGAAAUUGUAUGCUUUAGUUCACACAGGCAACGUUGGAGGGUGUUGGGACGGAAGGUUGAGCCUGUGGCUUGUUUUAGAUUCAGGAAAAAUACUUAUUCAAAGAGUUUCUUACAUUUCUGGAAGGAACUAUGUCCUAGCUUAAAGGGGAGUUUGGUUUAUCAUCAUGGUGCUCGGACAGAAGAGUUUUGGUUGAGGUGACAAGAAGAGCUUCAGUAGGGAUGAAGAAGCUGAUUUAAAGGCAUGAGCAUUACACAAAUACAGCUUGUGCUGGGGACAUGAAGUACACAAUAUGCAGUUUGGUCAGAAAACAUACAGUACAUACCAGCCAGAAGUUUGGACGCCUACUCAUUCAAGGGUAUUUAUUUUUGCUAGUUUCCACAUUGGACAAUAUUGGUGAAGACAUCAAACUAUGAAAUAACAUAUGGUUGUAACUGCAGAACGCAUGUGACCACACUAGCCCAGUCACACAGACAGCUGAUGAUGCUGUGGGUGAGCACAACCACCUAGUUUCUGAGCCAACUGUCAUAAGUCAUUUAAGAGAAGCCCAUCUACAUGUUUGUCUCAUUGCAAACAAAUUCAUUGGGCAAAUGUUAACUUUUGAUGGCCACUAAUGGCAUGUUGGAAAAAUUUGAUCUUCACAGAUGAAUCCUGUUUUCAGUUGUUUUUUGUUCAGUGUAUAUCCAACCCCAGAACGGUCAAGAUUAAAAUGUUUUGUUCUGUGCUCGAACAAGACCGAUAAUUUCUC